ACAACGUUAUUACCAAUGUUCAUUCACCCAAAACAACAAAACAAAUUCUUCCAACCUUAAAUCCCCAAACAAACCAAAAAACAUUGUGUUCAUCACAAUCAUCCCCAAAAAAAGACGAUGCAAAAAAGAAUCCACCAAAUCAUCACAUCCCUCAAAGAACACACUUCCAUUUCCAUUUCCAUUACCUAUGCCAAGAUUGCCAUUCUUGGAGGCCAUUCCCACAUCAAAAUCCUACUCCUUAAAGCAACUUCCCCAGAUGACAUCCCAUUCCAUGAAAACUAUCUUCAUCAACUCUUGAAGAUCUUCUCCAUCUCCCCUUCCUCAUGCCGGGCUUUCACUGUAGCCUUCGGGGCCCGUUUUAACAAGACAAGGGCAUGGAGAGUGGCCCUCAAGUGUCUCCUCCUCCUCCACCGCCUCCUCAGAGCCUUACCUAAUCACGGGGACAUUUUCCGGGCCGAGCUUUUAUGGGCCCGGGCUAACGGAGAGUUGUGUCUCUACCCAUGCAACUUUAGGGACAGCUCAUCUUCGGCUUCUAAGGACUACACAGCCUUCGUAAGAUCCUACGCAAGGCUUCUCGACGAGGCCCUUGAUUGCAGCAGCUCAGUAACUCUUUCUUUAAUCAGAAACGAUCAUAGUUCUGUGGUUGAUGAAGAUAAGGUGGAACUCAAAGUGCAAGAAUUGGGAAGGAUGAUAGAAGUCUUGCCUCAGGUACAAAGCUUGAUUGACCGCGUCAUCGACUGCAGGCCCGCCGGCGCAGCUGCGAGGAGCUUUCUCGUGCAUUCGGCAAUGAAACAUGUAAUCCGCGACAGUUUUUUGUGUUACACGACUUUUAGGAAGGAGAUGGUUGUGCUGCUGGAGAAUCUGAUCCAGUUGCCUUACCGGAGCUGCGCGGCUGCCUUCGGUAUAUACAAGAAAGCGGCCUACCAAGCGGAUCACCUCUCGGAGUUUCUCGACUGGUCGAAGACGAUGGGCUACUGUGGAUCAUACGAAUACCCUUUUGUAGACAGGAUCCCCAAGAUUCAGAUCAGGGCUUUGGAGGCUUUCCUAAAUGGGAUGUGGCAGUUAACUGAUGAAUCGUCGAAUGCUUCGCCGGAGAUGCAGUCUCCGGUGAGCCUGACAUGGACCCCGACGGAGAGCUUGCAGUCUCCGGCGAGCCUGACAUUGACGCCAAUAGACGGCGGAGAAGUCGGGAAGAAAGGCAUGGAAAUGGAGGCAUUGAUAGAGUGGGAAGGUUAUGGUUGGGAAGAUCUUUUGGAAGCUUCAGUAAGUGUUGAAUUUGGGAAUGAAUCAGAUCAAGUGUUUAGUGAAGGGCAAAGUUUGAAUAAUCCCUUUAGGACAACAAAUCCAUUUUAUUAG